UAGAAAUUUACCAACAUACGACACAUAAAUAAUGACCGAUGAAGUAGCACUGACUAUGCUCGAGAAUGUUACCACCACGAAAACGGAAUCGCUGACGAUAGGUGAACCAAGUAUCGUACCACCCAUCGCGUCUGUAACCCCCGAACCCGAAACACAAGCAAUAUCCCCUCCCCAGAACCGAAAUCCAAAGAAACGGAAAAUCAUGGGAGCACCUACAACCAAACCAGAUAUCACGCUCAGAUCGUAUAGGAAGAAAGUUUCAGGAAAGAUCACACAGAACCUAUGGACCCCGCUAUCGCAACAUGCCUUAGCCCAUAUCAACCGCGCCCUUGAGAUGUAUAUGGACCCAGCGCUAGUUCAAACCAAUGCCAAUGCUGUAAAAACUCCGAAGAAAAAGCUUUUGACAGCCAACAAGUUUAUCCGAGAAACUGUAACCAAGCUCCAGGCUGAGUUAGCUUAUACCAACCUACCACCAAUCAGCUCGAACGGCGUAGGAUCAUCGUACGCCUCUAUUCGGCAGUACUUGGAUUUGGAUCUAGCCACCAGAAAGAAUCACCAGUUGAGCACUGUGUACUCGGCGGACUUGCGGCAGGUGGCUCUGCUUGAAAAGGAACUUCUUGCGGAAACCCUAGCCUUGAGGAGCGACGAGGACUACUUCAACCUGCUCAGCAAACUGAUGAAGAAGAGUAUGCAGGAAAUGAAUGACAAGCUUGGUGAGCACCGCUUUCUCAGCGACGGAGCUCUUCCCGCUGCAGAAGUAACGGACAGUGUCACGAGGAUUGGAUUGGUUACAAACAGUCAUGAUCCUUCAGAUGCCCUGUUAGAACUUGACAAAGACUUUGUGUCGUUGGUCAGCAAGUUAGUGCGGCACGUGGGGUCGAUUGAGCGAAACGUUAACGGCUUGGAAGGACUAGACAGACGUUUGGAAUUGGUCAACGAGUUGCUUGACAUGGCAUAAACCGUAUGUUUAUGAGGAGAGUCUAUGCCUUUAGCCAUGUCUUUGUGAUUCCGGGCGUGAAGAGGGCCGUGGACACAAGGAUGAAUAUACCGAUACGCCAAUGCAUCGUGAAAUCACACGCUAGGUAGAACUUAUUAUUUACCGUCAUUUUAAAACCUAUCUUAAUAUAACUUAAAAGUACCUAGAA